AUGGAUCCGAUAAAGUAUAUCUUUGAAAAGCCUAUUGUUACUGGUAGAAUUGCCCAGUGGCAAAUGUUGUUGACCGAGUAUGAUAUUCAGUAUAUGACCCAGAAAGCGAUAAAGGGGAGUGUUCUAUCUGACUACCUUGCUCACCUACCUGUCGAAGGUUAUCAACCGUUGAGGUUUGACUUUCUAGACGAAGAUAUUAUGUUUAUCAGAGACUUCACUAUGUCAUGUUCUGAGAUAAGCCCUGAGGAAGGCCCCAAACCAGGAUCGCAAUGGACGCUCGUGUUCGACGGUGCUUCCAAUGCUCGAGGACAUGGAAUAGGCGUUGUUAUCACUUCUCCAACCGGUUUCCACCUUCCAUUUACCACUAGAUUGUGUUUUGACUGCACCAACAAUAUGGUAAAAGGUGAUUGGGAGGCUCGGGAUAGCAAGUUGAUACCUUACAAGGAGUAUAUCAGGAAAUUGGUACCCUACUUUGAUGAAAUCUCCUUUCAUCAUAUCCCUAGCGAAGAAAAUCAGUUAGCAAAUGCUCUAGCUACGUUGGCAUAUAUGUUCAAAGUCAAAUGGAAGAAUGAAGCACCAACCAUCCAUAUUGACCACUUAGAUAAACCAACAUACUAUCUAGCAAUCGAGGCAGGUCCUGAUGAUAAGCCUUGGUUCUAUGACAUAAAGGCAUUCCUGAAGAAACAACAAUAUCCCGAGGGUAUAUCCAUUACUGAUAAGAAGGCUCUGAGAAGACUCUCUUCCAAGUUCUUCCUAAAUGGUGAUGUGUUAUACAAGCGAAAUUAUUAUUCUGUACUGUUCAGAUGCGUGGAUAGACACGAAGCUAGUUCAAUGAUAAAAUCCAUACAUGAAGGUUGCGAGGGUGUACAUGCAAAAGGUCCUGUUAUGGCUAAGAAGAUCCUUUGGGUUGGGUAUUACUGGACGACAAUGGAGGUUGACUUUUACAACUUUGUUAGAAGAUGUCACAAAUGUCAGAUAUAUGGUGACAAGAUCUUCGUGCCACCAACUCCAUUAAAUGUUUUGACUUCUCCAUAA